AUGGAGGACAAUAUACUCUCUUCAGAGCCAGAUGUAUAUGCGCCUAUAAAGAAAUUUAGUUUGCAAACAUUUUCUACCUUGGCCAAAAAAGUUUCGAGCAAGAAGAAAAAUGGCGAUGUUAUUGAAUUGAAAAAUUCUAAGGAAUUAUUUGCGAAAAUGCUUUUGAUUGCGAAGAAUAGAAAUUUGGAUUUGAAAGAAGUUUUGCAAUACUCACUGCGACCAUUCCCGUUGUCACUGGCUACAUUGGAAGGAAAUCUUGUGAAGUCAACGAAGUCAAAGUUACUUAAUAUAAUUGAAAAUGAAGUGGAGGAGGCGUUGGUAGAACAUAUUGCCGGUGAAAAUGCUCUGAUCAUCGACACCAUGGCACUACUUCAGUCAAUGAAGAUUAGAUCAACAACAUUUGGCGAGCUAGCUCUAGAAAUUUUGACAAGAAUUGUCCAAAUGGCAAGCUUUUCAAAUUCCAAGAGAGUUGAUUUGGUUUGUGAUCGCUAACCAGACCAUAGCAUCAAAAACCUCGAACGAAAGAAACGUAGUCGUGGGGGUAUGCUCUCCGUCAAGAUAUACGGUAGCCAGCAAAAGAUCCCAUGUCAAUGGCAAAAUUUUCUCGCAGUGGGGAAAAAUGAGGAAGAAAUCAUGGAGUUUCUUUUUGAUUCAUGGAGUAAGAGUAAUGCUCUUACUCUUUGUAAGAGUUAGAUACCGAAAACGGAGGCUCUUAGUCAGAUACAAACCCGAGGGGCCGUAGGCCCCGAGGGAUUUAUCUGACUAAGAGCCGACGUUUGAGGUAUCUAACUAACUUAGUUCAUAUUUGUAAGGAUUGACCCACAAUGAAAUUUACUUUAUGAUAUGUAUUGUUCUUUAAAUGAGUUUGAAUUACCAUGGUUGUAAUAAAAACAAACAGGGCUAUUUUGAUAUGCAUCAAUUCUCGUGUCGCACUACUGUAUACUAUCAAUGAGAAGUGAUUAAAUAUUUGUUCACCAACCACAAUUACGAUGAAAUAUGUUUGAAAUAGCUCAUACAACCGAGAAGAGCUAACGAAGAUUUGUACGGGUUUGUCGAAGCAGAGAUUCUCAAGUUGUUCUCAACAGGGUUUUAUUUGCAGGAUAAAAACCAAAUGGGAGGUCUUUCAUUGAAAUUCAAGACCGAGGCGUGCAGCACCGAGGCUUGAAUUUCAAUGAAAGACCGACCAUUUUCUAUUGUCCUUGGGAGGUUGUGGGACGAAAUAAGGUUGAACAUGCGCAUUAAACACGCUUUAAUGUGGUUGAGCAUGCGUAGUAUAUCAUUUCGCGUCCCGCAAGCGAAAGAGCAGAUAUUACUGUAUAAAUUCCUUGCACAAGCAAGUUUGAUGGUCGGUUCAGCUAGUCCUCGUGCACCGAAUGAUAAAUAUUCUACCCAAAGGUAGAGUUUGACGGGCUUUGAGGUACACGGCUGUUGUCUCUUUCUCGACUCAGAGACGUGCAGCGUUUUCUAGUGGAAAAGGAGAUGUGGGGUUUGAGUUUGGUUAAAAAUUCAAGGUAUCUAACUCCAUAGUGACCUCCAAAAGGGGGUCACUAUGGAGUUAGAUACCUUGCAUUUUUAAUUAGGCAUUCAAUUCUAUUCAUCAACCCCGCUUUUCCCUGUGGAGAUAUCAAAUCCCUCCCCUUGCUUUUAGAUUCUUACCCAAAUAAAACCCUAUUGAGAACAAUAGAUAUCCGCACAAAUAUGAACUCAGAGGGAUUUACCACCCACAAGGAACAGUGCCAUCGCUUGUUUGAAUCCUAAGACGGUAUUAUAUGCUCCAAAGUUAACGCGCUAACAUCCAACCACGAAGAAGCAGAUACAAGAAUGCUAUGCCAUGCUUUGCAUGCAUCGACGAACUACCCCAGCGUGAUUAUCAAGAGCCCUGAUACUGACGUCUUUUUCAUUGCAUUGAAUGCCAGCUCCGUUAUCCCGUCAAACGUCUACUUCGAGACUGUAAAUCAAAAGAAUCUGAGAAUCAUAUCCCUCGACAAGGUUAGACUUCAUUACGGGCCUCAGUGGUGCUCUGCUUUUGUUGGACUACACAGUUUCACUGGUACGUGCUUUGAAAGAAUGGCGUUUGCAAUAAUAUGUUUUUCUAAUAAUAUUUAAUACAAUAUUCUUUUCAUUUAGGAUGCGAUAGCAUAAGUUCUUUUUAUGGGAAAGGUAAGGCCACAGCACUCAAAGUAGCACGAAGCAAAGACGAGCACGCCAACACUUUCGCAAAUUUAGGAGUUUACAUACCAUCACCCGCAGA